AUGACCAAGGGUUUAAAUAACAGGGAUGCAAUUAUAGCCAUGAUUCUUGCGAUGAUGGGGACAGGGAUAACCUUUAUGCCAUAUGCAUUUAAAUCCGCAGGAUAUCUUAAUGCAAUAUUUCUUAUGAUGUUCUUUGGAAUGGGGACGGCCGUGUCAUGCUAUUGCAUUUCUUAUGCAGCAAAGCGUUCAGGCCAGAACCAUCCCACAUAUUCUAGCUUAGCAUCCGAUAUUUCUACAACACUUGGGUAUGCAGUAAACAUUUCCAUCUUCUUCAAUGGAUAUCUUGCAGGUGUUAAUUUCUACAGAUAUCUAUCGGAUCUAAUUGUUAAGAACUCAUACUAUAUCCAAAAUCUUACCGGAGACUACGAGAAGUCUCGGAAGGCUGUUGUUCUUGCCCUUUCAAUUCCAUUUCUGUAUCUGUCCUUCAAGAAGACACUGUCGGGCCUUGUAUUUACGUCUUAUCUGAGUAUUGCAUCUGUAUUAUAUCUGUCGUUUCUUAUGAUUUAUCUAUUCCUUGUUGUAGGAACCUCGUCUGUGGGCGGAAAGGCAAGACCAUUUAACGGAUCCUUGGAGGAAGCCGUUCCCUUUUUCAUUUCCUCUAUGGUGUGCCAGGCAAAUAUGGUCAAAAUAUAUACGGAAAUGGAGAAGAAAGGCAACAGAAACAUUGUGAUUGUGUCUCUAGGUGCUGCCGUCGGAGGAAUGCUCAUCAACUGUUUUAUUGGACUUUUUGGAUAUCUCGUGUUUGGAAACGGUGUGUCUGGGGAAAUUAUAACAGAGCUCUCUGAUAUGGACAGCCCAAUCAACAAACGUCUCAGGGAAGGCUGGGAUAAGAAUAACAUCAUGUCUGGAAUGGCAAUCUAUGGAAUAAUGAUUACAUUGUUUGGAGGGUAUCCAGUUCAAGUCAAUCCAGUCGGAGAUAUGAUAUUCAAGCUCCUUCCUUUGGAAAGGCGAACAGAACCCAACAGAAAGGCAAUGGUUGUCUUACUGUGGUUUGUAGCCGUACUUCUGAACCUUAUGAAAGAGCUUAAGACAAAGAUAAUUAAGAAAUUUCUUGGAGCUACGUUUUCCAAUUCUGUGGCAUUUGUAUAUCCGUUUAUAUACUACUUGUCGAUGAGAAAAACCAGAUCUCUUGUGCCAACAAUGGUAUGUUGUUUUAUGAUAAUAAUGAGUAUCGUAGUAAGCAUCUAUACUGUCUUUAGGUUUUCUCUAGGUGGCUGA